AGAUUUAAGUGAUUAAAAAAAAUGUAUCGGAAAGGAGGAGAUGUGAGUCCGUAUGUAGUUACAAAGGUUGCCUGUGUGUAGCUCGAUCCCAAUCAGACAAGACCAGCAGCUCACAUGACCGGUGAUGAUAUAAUGUUUAGCUACAUCAAGCUGUUAUGCCACUAAUUGACACCAACUGAUUCAAUGCCUUAAGUACUUUAAAGUUCAUUCGUGUGAUCUGGUUUGUUAAUUCAAACAAAAUGGUUGCAGGAUCAAUUAGUUUCAGGCGAGCUAUAUCUACUUUGCCUCAUCUAUGUGAGAGACUUAAGCAGACAGAAAGUGAAAUUGUCCAAAUGUUCCGAUUGGCAAGUCCCAAGGAUGACACACAAAACUUCUCCACGAACCGAACUGCAUCACGAAAGAACAGCUUAGUAAGAACAUUGGAUGAGAGAUUUAUAAGGAUUUUAAAGAUAUUCAAGUGGGGGCCUGAUGCAGAGAAGGCUCUGGAGGUUCUUAUGCUGAAAGUGGAUCAUCGCUUGGUUCGAGACGUUUUGAAAACAGACGUGGAGAUCAAUGUUAAGAUCCAAUUUUUCAAGUGGGCUGGGAAGAGAAGGAACUUUAAGCAUGACUCUACGACUUACAUGGCAUUAAUUCGUUGUUUGGAUGAAGCUGGGUUGGUGGGUGAAUUGUGGAGGACAAUACAAGACAUGGUUCACAGUACAUGCCUCACCCGUCCAGCUGAGUUAUCUGAAAUUGUCAGAAUUUUGGGCAACGCUAAGAUGGUGAACAGGGCACUCUUGGUCUUUUACCAGUUCAAAGGUCGCAAGUGUCAACCGACUGCAAGCACUUACAACUCCAUAAUCUUGAUGCUGAUGCAAGAAGGUCACCACGAGAAAGUUCAUGAGCUCUACAAUGAAAUGUGUAAUGAAGGUAACUGUUUUCCCGAUACAGUAACUUAUAGUGCACUUAUAUCAGCAUUUGGGAAGUUGGGCCGUGUUGAUUCUGCUAUAAGGUUGUUUGAUGAAAUGAGGGAGAAUGGCUUACACCCCACUGCAAAGAUCUAUACGACUCUAUUGGGGAUCUAUUUCAAGUUGGGUAGGGUUGAGAAAGCUCUUGCCUUAGUCCAGGAGAUGAAAGAGAAAGGUUGUGUCCCAACAGUUUAUACCUACACCGAAUUAAUCAAGGGGCUUGGGAAAGCUGGUAGGGUUGAAGAAGCCUAUGGUAUAUUUCUGAAUAUACUAAAAGAGGGUUGUAAGCCAGAUGUUGUGCUUAUGAACAACGUUUUGAAUCUCUUAGGCAAGGCAGGUCGUUUAGCUGAUGCUCUUAAGCUAUUUGAAGAAAUGAAAUCCUUGCAAUGUACACCAAGUGUAGUGACAUAUAAUACUGUCAUUAAAGCUUUAUUUGAAUCCAAAGCUCCGGUAUCUGAGACACUUUCAUGGUUUGAGAGAAUGAAGGUAAAUGGUGUUAAUCCUAGCUCUUUUACUUUCUCAAUUUUAAUUGAUGGCUUUUGCAAGACAAAUAGAGUAGAGAAAGCUUUGCUGCUGCUCGAGGAGAUGGAUGAGAAGGGCUUUCCUCCUUGUCCAGCUGCCUAUUGCAGCCUGAUCAAUAGUCUUGGAAAAGCAAAACGCUAUGAAGCUGCAAAUGAGUUGUUUCAAGAACUAAAGGAAAAUUGUGGAUCUUCAAGCGCUCGGGUAUAUGCCGUGAUGAUCAAACAAUUUGGGAAAUGUGGACGUUUAAAUGAGGCUGUAGCUCUUUUUAAUGAAAUGAAGAAACUUGGGUGCAGUCCAGAUGUCUAUGCAUAUAAUGCACUGAUGUCAGGAAUGGUAAGGGCUGGCAUGAUAGAUGAAGCUCACUCGUUGCUUCGAACUAUGGAAGAGAAUGGUUGCAUUCCUGACUUAAACUCGCAUAACAUAAUUCUAAAUGGCUUGGCUAGGACAGGGGGUCCGCAACGGGCAAUUGAGAUGUUUACAAAGAUGAAACAGUCAAAGAUAAAGACUGAUGCAGUCUCCUACAAUACUGUUCUUGGCUGUCUCAGCCGUGCUGGUAUGUUUGAGGAUGCUGCAAUGCUGAUGAAAGAGAUGCGUUCAAAUGGAUUUGAAUAUGAUCUUAUUACGUACUCAUCAAUACUUGAGGCAGUUGGCAAGAUUGAUGAAGAUCACUCACAAGCAACUCUCUGAAAGAAGACGGGGUAUGAUAUGCUCAUUCUAUUGUUGUUUUUACUUCUGUUCAUUUAGGCUUAGUGGCACCGCACCGGUCAACUGUUUGGUACGAUCUGGCUGUCUGUGAUCUAUCAUAUAUCCUAUCCAAGAUUAUUAGAUGCCUUGCUGUAGGGAUAAUAUAGCUCCAAUCUUUGAUCCCAGUAUGAUUAUGGUGGUUGACCACGUAAGUUGAGGGUUUAGCUGCUGGUCUUAGAGGUGCUUUGAUUAGUUGAAUCUUAAGCAGCGAGCGUGAUAUCAUAUUACUGGAAGGAGUAUCUUGUUGGACGUAUUACCAAGAAAAUGGCGUCUUGUCAGAGUGAAUUGGGAGAGGCUUUUGUUAGAGCAGCUUGAUCUCUCAGAAACUCUUUAUUCCCACUACCCACGAUAGUGGAAUUAUUAAGUUCUUUCCAUGGUGAUUUUCCAACCUGGCAUUCAGAUUGCUCUCAGAUCUGUAAACCCUUCGCUUGUCCAACCCCCCAUCUUGAUCAAGUAUUACUUAAGGUUCGCAGUUUCCCCUGAACCUAAGAUGGAUACUGAAACUAUCAUCCAUAUUUUUCUCUUCACGAUAAAGCAAACUUAAAUGAUGCAUGCAUGGAUCACUUGUCGACCUUUGUGAAACCAAUUCAGAAAUUUUCACUUAUCGGACUACUUACCAGCUGUUUUUUUAAUUCAUUUUAAGGGGGGUUUUAUAUUUCCAUGGUAUUUUCAUUUCUGAGAUCAGUUGCUGUUGGUGACUCACCUUACCUCUCGUCCUUGGGUCAAACUGCAAACCAUGGUGUGCAAGUCUGAGCAGGUGAGCUUGUGGCCUGUUUUAACUUCAUACAACUUCUGUUCUCCUUGUAAUUCAUAAUCAGAUUCUCUGUUUAGCAGCCUACCUCAAGCGUCGGCAUUUUAUGAGGAUUCCCAAGGAAAAAUUAUGGGCUCAAACAGACAAACAUAGAGGACCACUACCGAUGCAAGAGGUUGGCCAAGUGCACAAGUUUUCCUGUGGAGCAAAUCAGGUGAAAUAAAAUAGGAAAAGUUAUAAGGUGACAAUGGCCGAAGACCCCACUCGAAUGUUUCAAGUGUCGCAUCUACAUAAAAAAACACAUUGAAGAAUUCCUUUGGGGAAUGAGACAGAAGGACGUUAGGGGCUUGAUAAUUGCAUGUAUGAACCUGUAGAAGUGAAGCAGGAUUUUACAGGACAGACAGAUGGAAAGGAAAACCAGGCAAUACAUGUAAAAUUACAGAAAUCUGUGUUUCAAGUGUAUUGAUUAUGACUUCUUACAUAUUUUUAAAUUGGUUGCCAUUACUGUGUGUAAAACUUGAUUA